UUUCUUCUAAUCAAUAAAAACAAUAAAUUGUACGCCCGAUUCAUUUUUGUUUCUACACAGAAAGGACAAUUUUUUUUUUAAUGUUUUUCUGGCACCCAUUAUUCAGAGCAGUGAUGUAAUGGUGGAUUCAGAAAGACAUUCAGUAACAACAUUUUCAGCAAAACAGUUAAAAACUUAUUGCAGAGAGUUAUUAUUUAGGAACUCAGACCAAUAUAGUCGCUGGAAAUGGAAUUAAAGCUUCAAUAUCAUAAUUAUAGGAAAAGAAAAACAGUAAAAUAUAUGUAAAUAAAGCUAUGGAAGUAUAAAACUUUGUACCUGAUUAUGCAAUGCUAAUUCAAACAUAACUCAAUACAUAUAUGUAUUAUACGUAUUAUACAAAAAGGUUAGAUAUUUGAAAUACUACAACCAAAUCAAACCAAUAAUAUUUGGCCACCUGUGUAGAACUUAAAGAUGUAAGCACCUCAAGAUUCUACAUAUUGUCUAGGCUUAAAUUUCACCACCACACUUCAACUUUGGUAGAAGAAGAAGAAGAAGAAGAAGAAGAAGAAGAAGAAGAAGAAGAAGAAGAAGAAGAAAGAAAGAAAGAAAGAAAGAAAGAAAGAAAGGAAGAAGAUAAAGAUAAAUAAAAAUAAAAGGUUAUUCCAAAUUCAACGUGAACUAAUUAUUCUCUCCACUUGUGAAGAAAGGCCAUGUCAGAAUUUUCAAUAUGUUCCUAUCAAUUAUUAACCCCCUUUUAAAGUUGGAAUUAAAUUUGAAGAUCUAAUGUCAGAGAGGCAUUAGAAAAAACUGAAUGGAAAUAAACUGCCCCAAAGAUACAAGGUUUUGUAGAGAGAGAGGGUAUUAGACAGCAUAAAGUUAAAUAAAACAAUAAUUGAAAAGGAAAAAAAAAGAAGAUUUGGAGAAAAUAAUCUAUUGGGGAGGGGAGGGGAGGGAGUACAAGAGUACAAAGUAUCGCAGCAAAUUCAGUAAUGAUAUUGGCAGAGAUCUUUAAAAUCUUAUUUAGGAGCAAAAGAGUAGGCUAAGUUGCAAGUGGCCUCUACUGCUUGCUGCUUGCUUCUGAUGCUGCCACCAUUAAAGACCUCAAUUGGAUCUCUAGUUUUUCUUUUAUAGCACUUUGAUGAUGUACUGUUCCAUUCAUUUUCCGUAGGCAUAACACACAGCCUUUUUCUCUCUCUCUCUAUCUCUCUAUAAAAUGUUGAUGUAGAAAGAGAAUUGCGCAACAACAGCGUCAAAGGAAUUGGGGAAGGGGUGGGUUUCUUCUGUUAAAGUCAUCUGGGGUUUGCCUAGUCAAGUGGGUAUCUAUCACAAAAGGAGACAUAACUCUCAAAAGCUGUGCUGAGAGAGAGAGAGAGAGAGGGAGAGAGAGAUGGGUUAGGCUGUGGGAUUGGAAUUACUGGGUUUGGUUUUUGAUUUGUAGAUUUGGGGAAUAGUUGGGGAGGAGGUGGGGGAUGGAAUUGAAGAAAAUGAAUGGCAGAACUUUUUGGGAGAGGCAGACGAGGCGGCAGCAGCUUCAUCAGCAAGAGCAGAAGCAACAGGUUACAGAGUGGUGGCAGCAGCAGCAAUUGCAGAAAGAAGAAGGAGAGAGAGAGGAGAGAGAAGAAGAUAGAAGAAGCCAUUAGGAUUAGGAAAAAGCACUGCCCGUUUAAAGCUGGAAGAAGAAAAGCAAAACAAUCCGAGUCUGGAUCCUCAACGAAAUCGCCCUCAUCAUCAUCAAAACCAGAUUCUAAUUUCGAGGCAUGUAGAAGGAAAAGCAGAGGAAGACGACCAAGAUUCUCCACCCCACCACCACCAAGACCACCACCACCACCUUCCUCAGCACCAACCGCAUCCUUUCAAUGUGCACCAGAAUCAGCAUCUUUUUCUUCAAAACACUCACCAACAAGACCAAAAUCUACACAAUUACGACGCAGUUUUAGAUUCACAGUCACAACAACCCCACCAGCAACAAGCCCCCAAAAAACGUUCUUACUUUCAGCUUCCUCCUCCUCAUCCGGUGGCGGCCCCUGCCGCCUCUGCCUCCACGUUCGCCGACCAGAGCAUCGAAUAUGCGAGAAAAAUGGGAGAGAGCCACCGCCAAACAUCGACGUCGUCAAGGUUGGGGAUGAGAACCGGCGGCGGGGGUGGGGAGAUUGUGGAGGUUCAAGGAGGCCACAUUGUUCGUUCCACUGGAAGAAAAGACCGUCACAGCAAAGUUUGUACAGCCAAAGGUCCAAGAGACCGCCGCGUUCGCCUCUCUGCUCAUACCGCCAUCCAGUUCUACGACGUUCAAGACCGCCUCGGGUAUGACCGACCCAGUAAAGCUGUAGACUGGCUAAUAAAAAAGGCCAAGGCCGCCAUUGAUGAGCUCGCCGAGCUUCCUGCAUGGCAUCCGAGCACAGGAAACGCAUCCACACAGGGGGAGGAGCAGCAGAGUCUGAAUGAUGAGAACGAGAAUCUACUUUCAGUCCAACGCGAUGUGUUCAAUUCAGCAGGUAAUCGGAGAGCGACGGUGUUGGGGAGUGACAGUAGAGUCUCAGAGUUUCCUCUGCAAAACUUGCAGCAUACCCAAAUGGGGGAAGGCCCAAAUAGCAGCACCUCAAGCUUUCUCCCACCGUCGCUGGACUCGGACUCCAUUGCUGAUACCAUCAAGUCGUUCUUCCCUAUAGGCACGGCGGCAGCGGCGGCCGAGACGACUUCUUCAUCGAUUCAAUUCCAGAAUUACCCACAAGAUUUGCUUUCUAGGACGAGUAGCCAGAACCAAGAUCUGCGGCUUUCUUUGCAGUCUUUUCAAGACCCAAUAGCUAUUCACCGGCAUCAUCAUGCUCAGCACCAGAGUCAAGGUCACCAGAAUGAGCACGUCCUGUUUUCCGGCACCGCCCCGUUAAGCGGGUUUGAUGUGACCACCGCUGGUUGGACUGAACACAACAGCCUCAAUCCGGCGGAGAUUAGCCGGUUCCCGCGGAUAACUUCCUGGAACGCAUCUGGUGCAGAAACUGGUAGUGGCGGCGGAGGUGGGAUCAGGAGUGCGGGCUAUGUAUUCAACUCGCCGCACUUGCCAACUGCGCUGCCACCUUCACAACUUAUGCAGCCAUUGUUUGGAGAAAACCAGUUUUUUUCUCAGAGGGGACCCCUUCAGUCCAGUAACACACCUUCAAUUCGCGCUUGGAUUGACCCAUCACUUACACCAACUGAUCAUCAUCAGCAUCAAAUGCCACCAUCAAUCCACCAAUCCUCCUACGCAGGCUUAGGAUUCGCCUCAGGCGGAUUCUCUGGGUUUCACAUUCCAACGCGAAUUCAAGGUGAGGAGGAGCACGAUGGCAUUUCAGACAAGCCAUCCUCUGCUUCCUCUGAUUCUCGCCAUUGAUUUGAUAAAAAAAUCCCAAGAUUUUCUCUUCUACAGAUGAUUUUGUUAUUGCAGGUGUGCGCAUCUUCAAUUAGAAAAGCCAAGGUUAGCAGCACCACUGUCAAGCCACCACAUGGUUUUCAAGAGGGCAGAAUUUUGGGUCGUUUUGUUUCAAUGGCCUUUACCAUGGAAGUAGUGAUUCUGAGUACUUUAGUUCUUAUGGUCCAUGGUUUAUUUAGCUUCUGUCAGUUGUUUAUGUUAAGGUCUAAUCUUUGAUGAAUCUCUUGAUGGAAUUGUCUUCCUUAUUUGUUUCUGUAGCAAGACUUUUAAUAUUCUGAUUACUUUUUUGAAUUAAUAUUUCGAUUUUAGUC